ACAAAGAAAUGAUUUAUGUGCGAAAGUGAUUGUUGCAUUUGAAGUUAUCAAAUUAUAAAACAUGCCGUAAAUCUAGUGUGUUAUAUCAUUUUGUACAUUUCACAUAAACAAAUAUAUAUUUUUGACUAUACGUCGUUGGAACAAAAAGUAAUUUGGAAAAAACAAACCAAACUUAGUUAGUAAGAAGCACUUUCCACUAUUAUUAUCUUUCCCCACCAACUUCAGUUUUCAUAUUUUUUUGGUAAAAUCAGUCUUCAUUUCACAAUAAUAAUGUUCAAUAAUACCACCACCUUCGGCUCCGGCGCCGAAGCCGUCCUCCCUACUCCCUCUGCCACAGUUCCCACCACCAUCUUCCCCGGCACCACCAUCACUUCCAACUCCACCUUCAUCAUCAUCGGACCUCCUCCACCGUUCCCGGCGCCUCCUCGGAGCAUCGACUUCACUCCUCUCAUACUAAUCUUCGCCGUCGUAGCAAUCAUCGCCGUUCCCGCUUUCGUAUACGCUCUUUUCUUCACUUUUCCAUGUUCUUCCCGCCGCCGAAGCUCCACCUCCUCCCGCCGCCGCAGCAGCUCUUCAUCCGACGAUCAUUUGGAUAUCCCCUCACCGAACACAACCGAUAGAAAAGAUAAUCAUCCCAAGGAGAUCGGGAACCAGUGCACCGUGUGUCUGUCGGUGUUCGGCGACGGCGAAGAGAUCCGGCGAUUGAGCGCGUGUAAGCACGCGUUUCACGUGUCUUGUAUCGAGACGUGGCUCAAAGAUCAUCCCAACUGUCCCAUAUGCCGAGCAGACGUCCCCGUUAAACAGACAGAAGCAAACGUUAACGGUAACGGUAACGUGAAUCGCAGCGGUGGCGGUAACCGUCGAGUUUCUGCGGCCAAUAGAGAUGAUGAUUGGCGUCAAGGUUUACCUGAUGCUUCUAGUUUAGUUUGAUUUUUCUUAUAUUUUUUUUUUUGUAAUUUAUUUCUCGAUUUUGUAAUCUAUGAAAUGAUUUUGAAAUAUUUAGGGGGUGUAUUGAAUAUGAAAUUUGAAUUGAUUUGAUUUUAGUGAGUU